UUACUCUAUGACUUGGAUUGGGACGCUCUGUGAUAUAGACUGUUAUAGAUAUGUGUGUCAAUUAACGUGAAAAAGAAAACAGAUGCGGGCUUGAGUUUUCUUCAACUUGUGUUUUCGUUUUAAACGGAUAAUAUUUAAUGUUGACGUCCCAUUGAGAGAUAUGUUGAACCAGACCAACCAAGCGGCCCUAGACGCCAUCUACUCGGCUACCUAUGUUGAAAAUUACAUCGACUGCGUCGAAAAUCUCCCAGACGAUAUACAGAGAUAUUUGACCAGGAUGCACGAACUCGACGUCAACUACAGAGGAUUCCUUAAAGACCUUGAUGUUUUCAAAGAGUCGUUAGAACGAGAUGACCUGGAGAUCGGAGCCCAAAGAAAGACCCUCUACAAGAUGGAACAGGUUCUGAUAUCUCUGCAGGAGGUUGGAGAUGAAAAGGUUGAGAUUGUUCAGCACAUCAAUGACUUAAUCGAUAACAAGUACAGACAACUUGAUCAGGAUCUUAGAAAUCUUGAUUUUUAUAAGGAAGCUGAGUCAUCGGAACAGCCAAAAGAGACGUCAAGGGAUACUGUUCAGAAUACAGGUAGUGGUAGCGGGACUGGGAGUAAUAACACUAACAAUAACAAUAAUGGUAAUUCGGCUGAAAAGAGCAAUGGAACCCAUGGCGGAAAUGAAAGAACUAGUAAAAGAUCAAGGAGAUCGAGGACGGAACCGGAAAAUACAGAACCUGUUGAGACAAGAAUGACAACCACAAAAAAUGCGACCAGUGGAAACACGAAUGCCAACAGUGGGAACAAAACUACAGCAACCAAUUCAAAAAAGAAGAAGAGGAAAUGCAGACAACGAGAAGAGAGUCCGCCGAAGGAAGAAGAGGUCGUGCACGAGAUUGACGAACCGACAUACUGUCUUUGUGAUCAGAUCUCUUAUGGAGAGAUGAUCAUGUGUGACAAUGACCUAUGUCCCAUUGAAUGGUUCCAUUUUGUCUGUGUCUCUCUUGUGACCAAACCCAAAGGCAAAUGGUUUUGCCCGCGCUGUCGCGGUGAUCGCCCUAAUGUCAUGAAACCCAAGUCACAGUUCCUCAAAGAACUCGAGAGAUACAAUAAGGAAAAGGAAGAAAAGGCAUAACCUCGAGUUAAUGCGCUAUUUGUACAUAAUUGAUGCAUUUUCCUUUGUAAAGUAUGCUCCCCCUGUUAAAGAUCUCUCUUACUUAAUAUAAGUUUUAAAACUAUAUUACUACUGAUGGGGAACAAUUGAGUUUUUGUUCUAAUUCUGUAAAGUGUAUAUUUAAAACAAAAUAUUU